AUGAGUAUUCUUUUUAAAGACGACCAUUGCUUUUUUAUAUGUCACAAACAUUAUAUCGAUAAAAUAUAUAAAAAAAUUCAAACAGAAUCUUUAAAAAGUUACAAAUUAAAGGAAGAUUUAUUUAAUAUUACUACACCAUAUAAAGCUUCGAGAAGUAAUUACAAUAAUGAAAUUGAUCCUAGUAAAAGUGAGCUUGAAGUGGAUAUUUGCUAUGUACGAGAUGCGUAUAAAAAUUUUCAAGACAAACUUUAUAAACAAGAUAUUUUAAGUAAACCUAUGGGGGAUAGUGAGAAAAAUAUUAAGGCUAAACUUAUAUCGGAUAAUAUUUAUUUGGAAUCUACAAAAUAUAAUGUUAAAUCUGCAUUUGGUGAAAAUUUAAUACCGGCUGUUAGAGAAGUAAACGGGUCAAAUUUUCUUUUUCCGGAAAAGUGUUUGUUUUAUUCUUUUGAUGUAAAUGAUAUCGAUCAAAGAUUAAAUGAUAAGAAAUUUGAUUUAAUACUUUUGGACCCACCGUGGUGGAAUAAAUAUAUAAGGCGGAAAAGAAAGAAAAGCGACUCUGCAUACCACAUGAUGUAUAAUGACGAUUUAAAAAAUAUUCCCAUUGAAGUUGUUUUGAAAGAGAGUGGCUUAGUUGUGGUGUGGUGCACAAACUCUCAGCAAAAUUUAGACACGCUUAUAAAUGACAUUUUUAAAAAAUGGAAUGUUGACUUUAUUACAAAGUGGUACUGGCUGAAAAUAACCAGGUUUGGAGAACCAAUUUGUAGUUUUUCUAAACCUCCAGGAAAGCAACCAUUUGAACAGAUAAUAAUUGGAGGGAGAAAUAUUGAUUUUCCCCAAGAUUUCAACAAAAAGGUAAUUGUCAGCAUACCAAGUGCUAUACAUUCUCACAAACCACCAUUGGAGGAAAUUUUAAAGUUUGUCUUACCUGAAAAUGCUGAAAAAUUGGAGAUAUUCGCCAGAUACCUUCUGAACGGUUGGACUUCAUAUGGAAAUGAAGUAUUAAAAUUACAAAAUGAGAUUUUGUUUGAUGUUACUUAAAAUAAAGUAUUUUAAUCUGAAAA